GUCUACAACCACAUCUCAAAAAGUAGACGUCUUCAUUUCAUUCCUGAAGCCGAGCAAUGAUUCAAGUUCGGCUAAUCUAAUUAUCACACCAUCGAUUGGCACAUAAACCGCAUAAGAAGAUCACAAUGACUCCACGAACCGAAACGAAGUCCAACAAACCUGACGAUGAAGCCGCCGACGUCGGCACCAAGCGCAAAGCCUCAGAAGCCUCGCCGUCCAACCAUAACGAGGAUGAUGAACCCGAUACUAAAAGGGCCAAGACUGAGAAUGCAAAGGCAAUGGUGGAGUGGCUCCUGAGCGAUGAAGCCUUCUCCCUCGCCUUCCUAGCCCACCCACCAGGCCAAGGCGAAAUCGACUGGGAUGAAGGCCAACACGGCAAAGACCCUCCUCCCAAAAACGCCGGGAAGAAAGCCAACACCAUCAAUGCCUCAAAGAAAGAAGAUAACAGCGAUGGCAAUAAUGAAUACAAUGAUGACGACAAAGCACCCAGUCUAACCUACCCAGACUCCACCCUCACCCCCUUCCAAAACCUCGUGGCCGCCCUCCUCCUAAGCAAACCCAUCUCCCACCGUCUCGGCCUGCGGACGCCGCGGGACCUCGACGAAGCUGGGUUCGAGGGGCGGAGGAAGGUGAUGUGGGAGGCGAGGACGCAGCAUAAGGAGAAGACUGCUGAAGAGGGAAAGGGAGAGAAAGACGAAGGGGAUGUUGAGAAGAUGACGGCGUUGAGGGAGAUGGUCAAGGGGAUGGAGGCCGAGGAGGCGCAGAAGAAGGUUGAGAAGGUGUUGACUGAUGGGAUUAAAGGCGUUGGACCGACUGGUGCUGGGAUCUUUUUGAGGAGGGUGCAGGAGGAGUGGGAGGAGGUGUUUCCUUAUGCUGAUAAGAGAUCUCUUGAGGCUGCUGGGGAUCGGGGCAAGUUUGUGAGGAUGUUGGAUGUGCUUGUUGGAAUUCAACUUGAGAAGAAGAUGGAGGAGGCGCUGAAGAUGGCGAGGGGAGAUGGGAAGUAG